UCCCCGGCCCCCGAGCCGGGGAGCGAAACGACAAUGCGGCAUGGCUCUGCGCUGCGAGUUUUGACACACACGGGCCCAAGGCAGGAGUGAAAAGCCAGCCCCGCCCGCCGUGUAUCACUGGGGCCUCUGACCGGGGGUGCAGAUACCCCCAUACCGCCUGCCCUGUGGGGACUGCCCCGCUGACACCCCCCGCCCCGGGGAGGCGGGAACAGUCCCCAGGGAGCCUGGCCCUGGGGUGGGCAUCGCGAUGCCGUCCUGAGCGCGGCCGGUUCCCCGCUCUCCACCUUCCCCCGGUCCCCUCUGUGCGGGGCUGGGCCCGGAGCCGCAGCUCUCCCCGCCCGCCCGCCGCAUCAGCAGCUCCCGCCGCCGGGCCCCGCCCCUGCCAGGCACAGCGCCGGGGCCGGCAGGAGCGGCGCCGCUCCGAGACAUGAGGGGGGCCCGGCCCCGCCAAACCCUGCACCCCGGCCCGGGCCCGGCGGCCGCCCACUGAGCGGCCUGGUCCCCUCUUCGCCGCCAUGAAAAGCCCCAAGGAGGCCGCGCACUCGGAGCCGCCCUCAGCUGACUAUGUCCAGUUGCAAGUGCCAGUUAUUCAGCAGUUGUACCAUUGGGACUGUGGGCUAGCCUGCUCCAGGAUGGCACUGCAGUACCUGAAUCGUUUGAAUGAUGAGGAAUUUCAGAAAGCCAUCCGGGAACUCCGGUUAACAAAGAGUAUCUGGACCAUUGACUUGGCCUACCUAAUGCGGCACUUUGGUGUUAAUCAUAGGUUCUGCACACAAACACUUGGAGUCGACAAGGGCUAUAAAAAUCAGUCAUUCUACAGGAAACACUUUGACACGGAAGAGAACAGAGUGAACCAGCUGUUCGCCCAGGCCAAAGCCAGCAAGGUGCUGGUGGAGAAGUGCACAGUGACUGUACAGGACAUUCAGGAGCACCUGUCCCAAGGUCAUGUAGCCAUUGUCCUGGUGAAUGCAGUCUUGUUGCUGUGUGAACUUUGCUCAAGUCCCGUCAAAUAUUGCUGUUUCCUCCCUAUUGGCCAGAAGUGCUUCUGCAGGAAUCCUGACUACCAGGGCCAUUUCAUUGUGUUGUGUGGCUACAACAAAGCCUCAGGGAGUGUCUACUAUAACAACCCUGCCUAUGCUGACCGAACAUGCAGCACCAGUAUCAGUAACUUUGAGGAAGCCAGGACAAGUUACGGCACAGAUGAGGAUAUCCUGUUUAUCUACACGGACAGCUGACAUCCAAGCUUGCUGCUUUGUCAUUUCUGGCGCAGUCUGCCCAGCACCUGCAUGGCAGCUGGCUGCUUGUCUCAGGACUCUUACUGCAGAGACUUAGCUCCUGAAUUGCAGUGGGAUCUUAAACAAGGGAUGCUUUAUAGACAUUCAUACAUUUAUACUGCAGUGUUGUCUUCAUCUUUUUAUUCCUGAUGAUGAAAUAUCUGAUGUUGCAAUAUCUAACAUAACACAUUUUAAUUUUAACGUUGCACAUUUGAGAGCAGUUUCAAAAUGCAAUCCCCUCAGAGUCCAACUAUUACAGUUGGCUGUGAGGUUGUUUCUGAAUUAAAGACUUGAAAUAAAACACACCAAGUACACAAAUUUAGUCUACACUUGGGAAUUUGUGCACAGGUUCAGCUACAUGAAGCAAGAAAAGAAAAAGAGGAAAUACACGUUGGUAUGCCUUCAAAACUGCCAGAGCUGAUCUUCACUCUAGAUUUAGUUAUGUAAUGGUCAGAAGGGUUAGAUAGGAUAAAUGAUUAACUUGGCCUAGGAUUUUUUUUUUUUUUCAAGGAAAAAAAUGACUUGUCAGUUGUUGACAUACUGUGGCAGAGUCUAUCAGCGUUGCCUGCAUAAUGGGAAUGAAAUACCAUUUACAAAGCAAGCUUCUUGUGUAAACCCAGCUUGACUGCUCUCACCACUUGUACCUGGGAGUUGAGUUUACAGUUUGAUCUUAUUGUCAGCGGAGGACCAGUCUUCCUGCUAAGGGCUAUAGGCUACUCCUUCCAAGUAGUAAGCACCUAGUGUCAUUUUGCCUACCGAGUUAUCUUGCAUGAGUUAAAACAUCUCUAGGAAUGGCUUGACCAAAGUUCUGUGGUGCCCCAAAAGGCUGACUGGUGACAUUUUAUUUGGGCCUAAGAAAUCUUUAAGUCUGUGUGCAAAGGCUUGGAAACAUCUUUCUACCCACUACACCACACACAACAUUCUGAAGUAUCUGGGGAUCGAGUCUAGGUACAGUUUUUAAACUGUUGAUUAAAAAAAUGCACUAAGUAGCCACCUAAGCACUGAGGGUUUAUGCCUUGUGUGCAGGGGGUUGUUUUAAAUGUCUGGCAGGAGAGAGAACAGAUUUUGCGCAAAGCCUGUAUUGUAAUUUGAGGUUAAACAUUUGUUGUUGAGAUUUAUUGAGGGAUUUCCCAGGAACAGAUACUGCCAGUAGCCUGACUCUGAACUCUGCUUCUAAUUGAGGAGGCAGGGAGAACAAACUACUCUUGGCUGAAGUCCAAAGAUGUUAUACAAGGAGCCCAGACUUUCUACCUCUUCUCACUCUACAGCUGUGUUUUGGAAUAAGCAGCAGGGUCCUCACUGUAUUCUGAUGCUUUAAGCUAAACUGUAAGAUUGCAGCAGGCUGCGUGCAGCCCCUUUAACAUAUUAUCUGGGAUCACCUGCCUGGCAGAGAAGCACUGAAGUGCAGGACAUAAUUCAGCUUUGACCGUACACUUCCUACGAAUUUUGACUCUCAGUUUCAUCGCCUCUUGAAAUUUAGCUUUAUGACUUUAACUACAAUAUAAAUGUGCUUGGUUUUAUACUUAGCCUUUUCAGCUGAGGAUUCAGAUAAUGUACAGUUGACAAGACAUGCUGGCAAAUACUUUAGGCCCAAAAUCUGGUCUACUCUAAAAUUAUAACAGGCUGGAAUUCACCUCCAAAUUCUAAAUGAUUUUAAAAACAAAAGAAAAAAUGUUGCUAUCGAUGUAAGCACUAUAACAUAUGUUUUGUACCUAGACAACCAGCUGAGGAGACACAUCUUAAACCCAUUGCCUAAAGCUGUAAUCCCUGAUGGUGCAGAUAGUAAAGAAAAGGCACCCUUUUCUGGUGAAAACAGUGUACAAGGAGUCAGUGUUUAGCAACACGCUAAAGGAUAAAAGUUGUAAGGAAAAACAUUUUCUAAUCUAGGUGGCUUGCAAACACUGGA